CCUCGCCUCCCUCUCCCGCCUCCCCCCUCGCCCCCCCGCCCAGGCUCACGGGCGCCCGCCUCCCUCCUUCGCGGACUGUCUCCCGACUCGCCGGCUGAGAGCCCUUUUUGACUGCGAGCGGUGGUAGCGGAGCAGAGGCGGCGGCGCGGGACCUGCAGUCGUCCGGGAUUCCCUCCAGGUGACGAUGCUCUGGUUCUCCGGCGUCAGGGCUCUGGCUGAGCGUCCCUGCCGGCGCUCGCCUGGGAUUACCUGCUGCGUCUUGCUGCUGCUCAAUUGCUCGGGGGUCCCCAUGUCUCUGGCUUCCUCCUUCUUGACAGGUUCGGUGGCAAAAUGUGAAAAUGAAGGUGAAGUCCUCCAGAUUCCAUUUAUCACCGACAACCCUUGUAUAAUGUGUGUCUGCAUGAACAAGGAAGUGACCUGCAAGAGAGAAAAGUGCCCAGUGCUGUCAAGAGACUGUGCCCUGGCCAUCAAGCAGAGGGGAGCCUGUUGCGAGCGGUGUAAAGGUUGUACCUAUGCGGGAAAUACCUAUAACAGCUCCUUCAAAUGGCAGAGUCCUACUGAACCCUGUAUCCUGCGCCAGUGCCAGGAAGGCGUUGUCACGGAGUCUGCGGUGCGAUGUGUUGUUCAUUGCAAAAACCCUUCCAAGCACCUGGGGACGUGCUGCCCCACCUGUCCAGGCUGUGUGUUUGAGGGAGUGCAGUACCGAGAAGGGGAGGAAUUUCAGCCAGAAGGAGACAAAUGUACCAAGUGUUCCUGUGUUGAAGGCAGGACACAGUGCUUGAGAGAAGUCUGUCCCAUCCUCUCCUGUCCUCAGCACCUUAGCCACAUUCCCCCAGGACAGUGCUGCCCCAGAUGUUUGGGUCAGAGGAAAGUGUUUGACCUCCCGUUUGGAAGCUGCCUCUUUCGCAGUGAUGUCUACGACAACGGAUCCUCUUUUCUCUAUGAUAACUGCACCGCGUGUACCUGCAGGGACUCUACUGUGGUGUGUAAGAAGAAGUGCUCCCAGCCUGGUGGCUGUGACAGAGGCGAGGGGGCCUGUUGUGAGGAGUGCCUCCUGCGAGUGCCCUCAGAAGACAUCAAGAUGUGCAAGUUUGGAAACAAGAUUUUCCGGGAUGGGGAGAUGUGGUCCUCUAUCAACUGCACCAUCUGUGCUUGUGUGAAAGGCCAGACAGAGUGUCGCAAGAAGCAGUGCGUUCCCAUCAGCAGCUGCCCUCAGGGCAAAAUUCUCAACCGGAAAGGAUGCUGUCCUAUUUGCACGGAAAAGCCCGGCGUUUGCACAGUAUUCGGAGAUCCCCACUACAACACUUUUGAUGGACGAACAUUUAACUUUCAGGGGACGUGUCAGUACGUUUUGACGAAAGACUGCUCCUCCCCUGCCUCGCCCUUUCAGGUGCUGGUGAAGAACGAUGCGCGCAGGACCCGCUCCUUCUCCUGGACCAAGUCGGUGGACCUGGUGCUGGGCACCAGCACUGUCAGCCUCCAGCAGCACCUGACCGUGCGCUGGAAUGGCUCGCGCAUCGCGCUGCCCUGCCAGGCGCCGCAGUUCCACAUCGACCUGGAUGGCUACCUCUUGAAAGUGACAACCAAAGCAGGUUUGGAAAUAUCCUGGGAUGGAGACAGUUUUGUAGAAGUCAUGGCUGCCCCCCAUCUCAGGGGCAAACUCUGUGGCCUUUGUGGCAACUACAAUGGACAUAAACGUGAUGACUUAAUUGGUGGAGACGGAAACUUCAAGUUUGAUGUGGAUGACUUUGCUGAGUCCUGGAGGGUAGAGUCCAAUGAGUUCUGCAACAGACCCCAGAGAAAACCAGUGCCUGAACUGUGUCAAGGGACAGUGAGGGUAAAGCUUCGAGCCCAUCGGGAGUGCCAGAAACUCAAAUCCUGGGAGUUCCAGACCUGCCACUCAACUGUGGACUAUGCCACUUUCUAUCGGUCCUGCGUGACAGACAUGUGUGAAUGUCCAGUUCAUAAAAACUGUUACUGCGAGUCAUUCCUGGCCUAUACCCGGGCCUGCCAGAGGGAAGGCAUCAGCGUGCACUGGGAGCCUCAGCAGACCUGUGCAGCCACUCAGUGUAAGCAUGGUGCGGUGUAUGAUACCUGUGGCCCAGGAUGUGUCAAGACCUGUGACAACUGGAAUGAAAUUGGUCCCUGCAAUAAGCCAUGUGUUGCCGGUUGUCACUGUCCAGCAAACCUGGUUCUUCACAAGGGAAGGUGCAUCAAGCCAGUCCUUUGUCCUCAGCGGUGACCUUUGUUCCAUUCCUUCAGACUUUGAAUCUGGUGUCCUUGACACUGACGUGAAAGAGCCAAUGAAAGACUGCAGUAUUUGUGUGCUGAUUCUGCAAACACACACAGAGUAUGUAUGUGUACAUAUAUAGAUAUAUAGAUAUAUUCAGAAACAUUUCAUCAUUUAUAUAAACUAUAGGUGGAUUAUUAUAUGUAUAUUUUUUGCUAUAAGACAUGUAUUGUUUCUAGUCUGAAAGCCAUUGAAUACGUUGUAUAAAUAGACCAGGUGUUUUUAAUUUAAUAAGGCAGCAUGCAGACAUACUGGAUGGCUUUACCAUCACAUACAUUUGUCAUUUUUAAGGAAGUUUUCUAAGAAAUCUAAAUUGCCUGCCUGAAUUAAUUUUAGCUUUGAAUCCAGAUUUGCAGUUGAGUGGGAAGUGUGUUUUUCAGGAGAAGGACAGAUUUACCUAGGGGCAUUUCAUGCUUCCCAAGAAAGGACUGUACGCCUGCGAGAGAUGGCUGGGGACUGGCCACAGGCUCCAAUGGAGCAUGCAAAGCAAGGGGUCAGCUGUUAGACUUCACUGGGUCAUGGUCUGAUAUUAUUUCCAAAAUUGAUUGGCUUGUUCCCAAGGAAUAUGUAUUUGUCACUAGAGCAGAACCGAAGAAUCAAAUGAUUUCUUGCCAUCUUUGCAUAAUCCUUGAGUCUCCUAAUUAAAUAUCUGUGUAUGAUGGAUGUGUCUACUUCUGUGUCACCCACUGAAAUGAUGGAGUGCCUGGAUGACUUGUUGGUUUUAUUGAGCAUGAGCAGAUCAUUGAAGAAACUGUUGCACAAUGUAUGACAACACAUCCCAUUUCUCUGAGUCCUGCAGCAAUUUAGGAUGGGCAAAUCCAAUGAACUAAAGUAAGCGAUCUACAUUUUGUGACUAUUCCACGUAUAAAAUGAGAGCUUUCAAUUAUUUCUAGAGAGUUCCUAGUCCAGCACUGUUUGGCAAUUGUGAAUUGAUCCUAAUUAUUUGACAGAAAGAAAGGCUUUAUUGAUUGGUUGAUUUAACACCAGUCCAAACAAAGAAUGGUCUACAUGCUUGCUCUCAUUUCCUGUUAAGUUACUACUAGUCACCAUGUGAUUUUCCUGACAUUUGUUUUCAGUUGAAUAACUGAAAAUGUCAACAAAACGAAACCCACUGAAGUCUAAAAAUAAAAUGUUCUGCAUUGUAGUAAAUAAAGGGCUUAAGAUUGAAAACA